GGUAGGCCUGGGCUCAUCGGUGGCGCGACGACUUCACCAUUGAUUAGUGGCGCGGCGACUAAUUAGUGGCGUAACUAAUUAGUUGCAACUGAUGAAUCAGUUAUGGUGGUCGCGCAUCUAAUUAGUCGCAGCAGCGGAGUAAUCAGCUGGGGUGCGGCGCAUAUGACGAGGAGUGCAUGAUCAUCGAAGAGGAAGAUGGGUAGGGAGGGGGGCGAAAGCGAAGAGGGGGGGGGGGGGGGGGGGGGGGGGGGGGAACGGCAUCGGGCGGAAGAGAAGCGCGGGAGGAAGGAGGGGAGGAGGAGUCGGGUCGAGAAAUCGGAAGAGGAGCGGAGAAGACGGAGGAGGAGAAGAAGCAGGAGCAGCAGCAGCAGCAGCAGCAGCAGCAGCAGCAGCAGUAGUGGCGGCGAUGGAGACUCUGAUCAGGAUUCCAAGGCGAUUGGCGAUGGCAGAGAUCGGAGCGAUGGAGAGGCAGAGGAGUAUGGGCGAAGGAGGAGGUCAAAGGAGAGAAAAGGGAGAAGUAGGAGUAGGAGCGAGAAGAAGAGAAAAAGGAGCAUGACGUCCAAGUCGAGGAGGCGAGGAGAGGAAGAUGCCAAAGGACACGCCAAGGAUGGAUACAGGAAGAAGGAGGGGGAGGAGGAGGAGGAGAAGAAGGAGAGAGGAGAGAGGGAUGGGGAGAGAGAGAGGGGUGGGGAGAGCGGUCCAGGAGAGCAGAGUAGUACGAGUGGGGACUCGCGGAGCGACGAAGAUGGGCAAAGUGACUCCAGUGAUGCAGGGUCCGAAGAUCAAGGUCGACGAAGAAGAAGCAAGAAGAGGAAAGAGAACGGCAAAGGCGGUGCAAGGAGCGAUGGCGGAUAUGGAGAGAAAGAGGAGAAGAGGAAACGGAGAAAGAAGAGAAAGGGAGAGAAACACAAGAAAGGGAGAGUGAGAGAGAGCGAAAGGAGUGACAGCGAUGGUGGCGGGGCAAGGAGCAGGAAGGGUUCGAGGAAGGAGGCUAAAGAGCGAAAUGGAGAGAAACGGAGCACUGGACUACGAGAAAGAUCCUCCGCGGACAAGGAGUCCCUUGGGACCGCCCUGGAACCAAGGAAGGUCGCUCCGAUCAAAGACGACGACUACUUCCGCCGCAACUAUGAAUUCUCCACGUGGCUGAAGGAGGUGCGAGGCGUAUUCUUCUCUGACUUGUCUUCUGAGGAGUCCCACAGUCUAUUCAGCUCCUUCGUGUCCGUCUGGAACAAAGGAGAAUUGGCGCCAAAGUACUACAGCGGGGAGAUCAACGUGGCGCCCAAACGCUGCAGCCAUGAUUGGGGCUUGGCACAGAAAAAGACUCCUGCAGAGGGUAUCGAAAUGAGCACCCCGCAUGACUUACUCCCUCCUUUCCUGUCCGACAGUGCUGCCGAGUGGCCUUCCACGUCCACCACCCAGCCUUGCAGCUCUGCACCCAUCCCCCCAGCGGCACAGCCACUUCCUUCAUCACACUCUUUGCCAUCCCCCAGUGAUGAUGCUUUCAUAUCUUCGUCACCUCAUGUUGCUGCGCAGCAUGUCACACCGACAGGCACUGUCUCUCCUGCACAGACAUUAUUGUCAUCUGACCUCUUUAGGGACAUCAUGCAUGGUGUCACAUCAUACGUGGCGAGCCGCUUUGCUGCUCUUGUGCAUAGACCGCAGGAGCCAUGCCAGUCAUCCGGUCGCGACACUCACCCCCCACUGUCAUUGUUUAUGCCCUCUCCGCGUUCUGCAUUCUCAGCACCAUUGCUCUCCCAGCCUACUCCUUUUCCUCGAUGUAGUCCACACUCCGCGUUUCCGGCAUCAGCAGCUCCUCAGCAUUCUAUCGUGCGACCAGACGGUUGGAAUACCUCUGCGCUACGUCCAUCUCUGCAGGCUCAGCGCACUUCUGAGGAGUUGGAGAGACGGGUGCUUGAGCUCGAGCGUGAGCUUGCUGUGGCUAGGGCAGCAGGUUUUGCACCCUCGUCCACCUCCCCCGGGACUGGUAGCUCGGUGGCGAUGGAUCUCCUGCCCACUGUGCGACCUUCACCUGCGCCCCUCUCUGCAGGCGGUCUCCCUGCAACGGGCAACCCAAGUCUGACAGGGCUCGUGGGUGGCGCGCAGCCUUCACCUGUCCCGCUCCCUGCAGGCGGCUCCGGCACCCCCCUCCCUGCAGACAGUCGUGACGCCCCCCUCCCUGCAGGUGGCUGCCCGGCCCCCCUCCUUGCAGGCGGCUCUCACGCCCCCGUCCCUGCAGGCAGCCACCAGGCCCCCCUACCUGCUGGCAACUGCCAAGGCCCGCUCCUCCCUGCAGGCGGCUGCCAGGUCCCCCUCCCUGCAGGCAGCUGCCCGGCCCACCUUGUUGCAGGCGACUGCCAGGCCCCCCUCAUUGCCAGCGGCUGCCAGGCCCCUAUUGUUGCAGGCGGCUGCCAGGUCCCUGUACCUGCGUGUGGCUCCCCUGUUUCAAGCGGUCCAAUGUCAACUGAGCUUGUGGACGGUAUACAACUGUCUGGCCCCCUUCCUGCAGAUGUUCCUCCAAACAGUGAUUUUGAGGACCGUCCUAUGCAGGGGGCAUCAUCACAGACACGUAUCUAUACGGAUGAGGACAUUGCUCGUGUCCAUGCGUUCGAUUUAUUUCGCACCACUGGCCUUCCAGAGGCUGACACAGGUGCGCAUUGUUCAGCUGGGUGCAGUGGCCGUAGUGGAGAUUCGAAGACUCCAGCUCAUGUGCCCCUCCCUCCCACCAUUUCCCCAAAGCAGAAGACAGGUGAUUAUCUGCAGAGACGACCCUCCUUGGGGAUUGAAGCUUACCCAUCAGAUGAUGAGGUGAGCGACCCAGAGUUUUCUGCGCGUCCUGAGGGUGACGAGGAUGUGUCGCAUCAGCUACCAUUCUAUAUGGCUAAGGGUGACCGCUAUCCAAGCAUGGAUGCACUGCGUGCUGCGGUUCGACACUAUGCUGUGGCAACAGGCUUUGAGUUUAAGACUCUACGUUCGACAAAGACCAAAUUUAUGGCGUGUUGCACAUUUGAGCAAUGUCAGUGGCGCUUGGAGGCACGUUCAAAGGGGCUAGGGGGACAGGCCACUGUCAUGGAGGCCACAUCGCACCACGAGGGUUGCAGGGCUCCCGACAAGCCCUGCAAUCGACAUGCAGGCAUUCGAUGGGCAGCAUACAUGAUCGAGGAGAAGAUCCGUUCACGACCUACUUACUCGCCAAGUGACAUUAGGAUAGACCUACAGCGUGAGUGCGGUGUCACACUCUCAUACAGGACAUGUCUUCGUGCACGAGACAUCGCAUUGAGUCGUGUGGCAGGGCGUCCUGAGGAAGGGUUUGCUUACUUGCGCACGUAUAUGCGGUUGAUCCUGUCGACCAACCCGGGCUCCUUCACAUCCCUCGAGUGUGAGGGAAACACAUUCCUCCGGUUCUUCGUUGCUUUCGGUGCUUGCCUUCGUGGUUUUGUGCACUGUCGGCCAUUGUUGAUGCUGGACGGCAUUCACACCCCUGGUCCUUACCCUUCUGUUCUGCUGGGGGUGGCCGGGAGGGAUGCCUGUGGGCAAUGCUUUCCAAUUGCAUAUGCCAUUGUUCCGUGCAAGAACUCCAACCAUUGGACGUGGUUCUUGCGGUCACUUGUUCAGGCAUUUGAGACUGUGGGGAUUGACCAUCGCACCAUGACUCUGAUGUCGGACCGAGAGGAGGGUCUUUUGGAUGCUGUGCAGGAGGUGUUCGGUGAUGUCCAUCAUGCUUUCUGCGUUCGUUAUAUCAUCAACAGCCUCGCCAAAAGGGUCAGGGUCGAUGGUUUUGCAGAUCUCAUCAUGAGUGCAGCGAGAGCAGGCAAUGCCGUGGAGUUUGAUCGAGCGAUUGCAGAGAUUGAGGCGCGUUCAAAAGAUUCUCAUGUUAUCCGGAAGGUGUUCGGUGCUGUACCUCCGGGAUAUUGGGCGACAUCUCAGUUUCCAGGGUGUCGCUACGGCCACGUGACAUCGUCUGCUGCUGAGUUCAUGAACAACAUGUUCACGGAUGUGCGACAGCUCACUCCCAUUGGUCUCUGCGAGGCUGUUCGCUCCGUGUUGCAGUGCUGGUUUCAAGAGAGGAGGGAUUUGGCGGCAGGGUAUGAUGGAUAUUUGCCCCCCAAGGUGGCAAAGCUGCUGAGACAGGCGAGAGUGCAUGCACGGCAUUGCAAUGUUGUGUCGAUAGGUGAUGACGUGUACGAGGUAUCAAGCAGUGACCGCUCCGCUGGACGACGCUUUGCGUACACUGUUGAUAUUGCAUUACGGUCUUGCUCAUGUGGUGUCUGGCGUGACACAAGGAGACCUUGCUCACAUGCAGCUGCUGCGCUCAUGCAUUCAUCACAGGACUUGGACCUGCAUUGUGACGAGUUCUACACCAUUCGAGCAUUGCGAGCAUCCUAUGAAGGUAGUAUUCAUCCAACAGAGUUUGUGGACGGUCGUCAGGCACUUCCAGAGGAGGCGAUCAUCAGACCGCCAACCACAAGGCGGCCGAGGGGUCGUCCGUGUGGGAGUGGCGUCAAGAGCAUUCUGGAGAGAGGCACGAGGAGCCAAAAAUGCACUCGCUGUUUGCAGCCUGGUCACAACAAGGCAACGUGCAAGGUGACGAUUCUCGGUGGAGGAGCAGAAACAGAUGGUGGAGAGAGGAUGAGUGACGUGCCUUGCGGUGAUGAUGAUGGUCUUGGGAAUGGUCAGGGGAGAGGGGACGGAGAGGCCAUGUUCGAGGGUGACACUGGGGAGGGAGAAGUGUCCGAUGCUGAUGCAUUGCACGAGGCAGCAGUUGACAUGGCAGGCAUUCAUCGGUGUUCUAACAGCCUCCUGGCCGUGCAGGUGCAGGAGAGAGACAUUGACAGACACAGGGAGGAGGUUGCAUGCGCUCCUGCAUGUGACGAGUUGGCGUAUGGGGGGAUACAGGGAGACAGAGGGGCUAUGGCCGAGGGCGACGGUGAGACUGCACAUGCCAGUGGAGAGGAUAUUGGAGGCCUGACAGGCAACGGAUUCGAGCAGUGGGUAGCAGACAGUUUUGAUGGUGAUGAGGGCAUGCAUGUUGCAGGAGGUAUUGUCCCUUUGGAAUAGACACAAGAUGCAGUCAGCAAUGUCACUGAGGCACCAUGAAGAGCAGGCUGGCAGCGACUUAAAUCCACACGCUUCGAGUGACAGGACUUCGUGUAUUUUAGGUAGUUCUUUCAUGCGUUUGAGGAUGCCUCUUGUAGAUAGGAUUGUAGAUGCAGAUAUGAUUCUGUACUUCUAUUCACAACUUUAUUGCCUUUUUUAAUGCUUAUGAUGAUUGACAUCUGGGGUUUAUAGUCGAUGCUCGUUGAACUUCUUCCGUUUUUGGUUCGAGUAGUCGGAUUCAUUUUGUUUUCGAAUUGGUUGUUUGUUGUGUACGCCCGAGGGGAGUGCGAGUUCGUGAAUGCCCGAGUUUG